AUGAUUCGAAGUCGAGGUAAAGAAGUAUCAACUCCUUUUGUAAAACCACCUCUUUUAAAUUAUCCAGUUACUCUUACUAAUCAUAUUACUCGUCCUCCUUUUUCAGAAAAAAUAGUAGAAGCACAAGUUCAACAUUACAAUAUGAUAGAUGUAUUAUUUGAAGCAAAUCCUCGAUUAAAAAAUAAAGCAUUAUUUACUGCAACUGCAUUACUGAACAUUGAAAAUAGACGAAUAAAAAUUAGUAUAAUUAAUGCAACGAAUCGACAACAAACACUUUCCGAAGGAACCAAGUUAGGUAUAGUGACACAAUUAUCUUCUACAAUUGGUGUUACCAUACCAUCAAAUUAUUUGAUAGAACGCAUUCCGGAAGGAAAAGCGUGUAAAGAGCUCAUUCCUGAAGGGAAAGGAGCGAACAAAUCAAAUAAAUUAAAUUUUAACAACAUACCAACUAUAGCAUCAUACGGAAAACAACAUCAAUGUCGUAAAUGUUAUCAACAUUUUGAUACUAGCAAUGAAUUAUUCAAGCAUCUUAGAAAUCAAUGUUAUCCUGACGAAAUAAGACAGCAAAUAAAUAAAUUAACUGAACAUAUUAGCGAUGAUAAACAACGAGAACAAAUUUUAAAAAUUUUAUGGAAAUAUGGCAAAUUAUUUGACAUUAGUGAACCAUCAAAAAUUGAUAUAAUUUUAAAAAAUGCUAUUGAUACUGGUACACACCGUCCUGUUCAUAC